UUAUUUCGUAAGAGAAGGUCGGAACUGAUGACUUUCCCCUUGCACGGCAUGAAUCCGUGUUACCGGGUGUUCGUCGAAAUCGAUAAUACGUUGGAAACUGUUGAUAUCAUAUGAAUAUUUGCACCUAGCGAGCAUUCUCUUUGAUCUUUUUCAGUUUCAACAGAAUUGUAUCCCUUGCUGGACAAAUUUGCAAUGCAGAGUGUCAUUAAUUCUGUAAAAGGCACUGCGCUUGGUGUCGCCGAGUACUUAACCCCAGUACUAAAGGAAAGUAAAUUUCGAGAAACUGGAGUAUUGACACCAGAGGAGUUUGUGGCAGCAGGUGAUCAUUUGGUACAUCAUUGUCCAACAUGGCAGUGGGCUACUGGUGACGAAGAUAGAGUGAAAUCGUAUCUUCCCAAGAACAAACAGUUUUUACUGACUCGUAAUGUUCCUUGUACUCGUAGAUGCAAACAGAUUGAAUACAGUAAAGAACAAGAAUGCAUUAUAGAAGCAGAUGAUCCAGAAGGUGGUUGGGUAGAUACGCAUCAUUACGAAACUAGUCUUGGUGGAGUUGAAGAAAGGGUAACAGAAAUGACAUUGGAUGAAUCACAACAUUCUCAAUCGAUUGGUGGAGGGGAAAAUAAUGAAGAUGAUGACGACGACGACGACGACGAUGAAGAUGCUGCAGAUAUGGAAGCUUUUGAAGUCAGUGGAAUGUUGGAUGAACAAGAUAAGUUUGCAGCAGAUACUACAAAAAAACCUGUCAAGGAAAAAUGGGAACCGUUUUCCGAAGGAGAGAUCAUUCGUACACGUACAUACGACAUGUAUAUCACGUACGAUAAAUAUUAUCAAACACCCCGAUUAUGGUUUUCAGGGUAUGACGAGAAUCGUAAGCUUCUGACUGUAGACGAAAUGUACGAGGACGUUAGUCAGGAUCAUGCCAAGAAGACUGUCACAAUGGAGAUUCAUCCUCACAUACCUGGGCCACCAAUGGCCUCGGUUCACCCUUGCAGGCAUGCCGAAGUAAUGAAGAAAAUUAUCGAAACGGUAAUGGAGGGUGGUCGUGAACUUGGCGUGCAUAUGUAUUUGAUAAUAUUCCUCAAAUUUGUGCAAUCUGUAAUUCCUACGAUUGAGUACGAUUACACACAAAAUUUUAUGCUGAAUGCAUCGGGUUAAGAGCUUUAUAAAUUUUUAUUGUACCUCGAGGAUAAUCGUGAUUUUAGUUUAUAAGCUUAUGAUAAGUAACGAAACUAAGAGGACUGCGAAGCCUACAAUGUAAUAAACGCGUUUAAGUUCUGAAAGUUUGUAACAUAUGUAUCCUUGCACGAUGUUUGGAUAUCAAAUUAAAUUUGGCUAAUUACAUUUUUAUAUAUCAUUC